GCACUGCAGGAACCUGAGUGAGGGCCUUCCGCCCAUUUGGGGAGAGAUUAAAGAAGCUGCGAUUGUCUCCUUCUUACUCAUUGGCAGUUACAACCUCGCAGCCACUACCACCUCAGCUUCCAGCGUGGACACAGAGAAGGGAAACAGAAGUCCAUUCUCGUGAGGUCCGCCUACAAGUCACCAUGUAUGAGGACUGCGUCAAGUCCACUGAGGACUAUUAUUUCCUCUGUGACAACGAGGGGCCAUGGAGCACUGUUCUAGAGUCCCUGGCAAUAAUUGGCAUAGUAGUUACGAUUAUCCUACUCUUGGCGUUUCUCUUCCUCAUGCGAAGGGUUCAAGACUGCAGCCAGUGGAAUGUCCUUCCCACUCAGUUCCUCUUCCUCCUGGGUGUGUUGGGACUCUUUAGCCUCACGUUUGCCUUCAUCACUCAGUUCAAUCAGCAAACUGCCCCUGUACGCUACUUUCUCUUUGGGGUUCUCUUUGCUCUCUGUUUCUCAUGCCUCUUGGCUCAUGCCUCCAACCUGGUGAAGCUGGUCCGGGGCAGAGUCUCCUUCUCUUGGACAACAAUUCUGUGCAUUGCUAUUGGUGUCAGCUUGCUGCAGAUAAUCAUUGCCACUGAGUAUGUGACUCUCAUGAUGACCAGGGGUAUGAUGUUCAUGCAUAUGACACCCUGUCAGCUCAACGUGGACUUUGUUGUGCUCCUGGUCUAUGUCCUCUUCCUGAUGGCCCUCACAUUCUUCGUCUCCAAAGCCACUUUCUGUGGCCCAUGUGAGAACUGGAAGCAACAUGGAAGGCUCAUCUUCGUCACUGUGCUCAUCUCCAUCAUUAUCUGGGUAGUGUGGAUCUCCAUGCUCCUGAGAGGCAACCCACAGUUCCAGCGGCAGCCCCAGUGGGAUGACCCUGUCAUCUGUAUUGCGCUGGUCACCAAUGCAUGGGUCUUCCUGCUGCUGUACAUCAUACCCGAGCUCUGCAUUCUCUACAGAUCGAGCAAGCAGACUUGUCCUUUACCAGGCAAUGCCUGCCCAGCCCCAGCCUACCAAUGCAGCUUCAGAGUGGAGAACCAGGAACUCUCACGAGCCCGAGACAGUGAUGGAGCUGAGGAGGAUGUAGCAUUAACUUCAUAUGGUACCCCCAUUCAGCUGCAGACUGUUGAUCCUGUACAAGAGUGUUUCAUCCCACUGCCUAAACCAAGCUCCCAGGAAGACGCAGAAAUACAAAGUCCAUAGGAAACAUGUGCAGUGAAAACUCAGAAGAUCAUCCCAAUGGAGCCCUGAUGGGUUGCUGGGUGUCCUGAGUCACACUAUCAACAGAGUAUGGGCUCAUCCUUCCUCCCCUGCUUCCUAGCCCAUUCCAUCCAUCUGGGACCCAUCAUCAGAAGACCACACUCUCAAGCAAAAUUACAAUCUUGCUGGCCACCCUACCUUGAUCAUGUGUCUCUUUCUUCCUUUGUGCAACUGAAAGAUUCCCUUCCUUAGCAAUGCAAAAACAAAUUGGCACCUCUUACUAAUGGGGCCAGAAGACCUAGGUCUGAAAAAAAUAAGGCCAUAUUAAUGUGACAAAAUAUAGAGGUCCAGGGAUGCCUGGGUGGCUCAGUUGGUUAAGCGUCUGACUCUUGAUUUCGGCUCAGGUCACGAUCUCAUGUUCGUGAGAUGAACCCUUGCAUCAGGCUCUGCACUGACAGCCAGAGGCCUGCUUAGGAUUCUCUCUCUCCCUCUCUCCCUCUCUCUCUCUCUCUCUCU